AUGGUCGUACUCUCUGCUUCUGCUUCCCGCGCGCGCUGGCGCUUCGCGGACGCUUCCGCCUCCUGCCUGUGCCAAUUCCUCAUAAACCAUGCCGCCCCGUCCUCGACCUUGUUGUAUCACACCUCCGAGUCCUUGGCGCUCUCUUUCCAUUUCCCCCCUUCCUUUUCGUCUCCCAUGUUGAAGGCCACGAGGUCCUCUCCUAGACGAGACACCCAGUCGCUCUCCUGCCCGCCCCGGUA